AAAAUAUCAUAACUUUGAAAUUUUAAUUUGAAAGGAUAAGAGAAGAAUAGCUCUCUUCUUCCUCUUUACAGAGGAGAAAGCUACGAACUUUAGAUGUCACAGACUGUAAUUUUCAAGCCGUUCGUCUCAGUCCCUUCAAGUAAUCACAGCGAAAGGAAACUACAGAACAAUGUUAUCAAUGUUGGUGUUAAGAUCCAAAACCGGUUCAGAGUUGUAUGUAUGGGGAUGCUUGCCCCAAGGAAGUUUCUGCAAAAGAGGAGGAAGAUAGAGGUUUUCAAAGAUGCAGCAGACGAGGUUGAUCAGAAGAGAUGGAGAGGGCUAAUGUUAGAGAUUGAAUCUAGUGGUUCUGCAGUUUCUGUCCUUAGGCAGUACAAAACUGACGGUGACCAAGGUCUUCCUAGAGACCUUGUUUUGGGUACUUUGGUUAGGUUCAAGCAGCUAAAGAAAUGGAACCUCGUUAGUGAGAUUCUUGAAUGGCUUAGAUACCAGAACUGGUGGAACUUCAGUGAAAUGGACUUUCUGAUGCUCAUCACAGCUUAUGGGAAGCUAGGUAACUUCAACGGAGCCGAAAGAGUUUUAAGCGUACUAAGCAAGAUGGGAUCAAGUCCAAACGUGAUUUCCUACACCGCGCUCAUGGAAUCUUACGGUAGAGGAGGCAAAUGCAACAACGCUGAAGCCAUAUUCAGGAGGAUGCAGUCCUCAGGACCAGAGCCUUCUGCUGUAACUUAUCAGAUCAUACUCAAGACUUUUGUAGAAGGGAACAAGUUUAAAGAAGCUGAAGAGGUUUUCGAGACUCUUUUAGAUGAGAAGAUAUCGCCGUUGAAGCCGGAUCAGAAGAUGUAUCACAUGAUGAUAUACAUGUACAAGAAGGCUGGAAACUAUGAGAAAGCUAGAAAAGUAUUUGCUUCAAUGACUGAGAAAGGAGUUCCACAGUCUACUGUUACUUACAAUAGUCUUAUGUCCUUUGAAACUAACUACAAAGAAGUUUCUAAGAUCUAUGACCAGAUGCAAAGAUCAGGUAUUCAACCUGAUGUUGUAAGUUAUGCUUUACUUAUUAAAGCAUAUGGAAGAGCAAGAAGAGAGGAAGAAGCUUUAUCUGUUUUUGAAGAGAUGCUUGAUGCUGGUGUAAGGCCAACGCAUAAAGCUUAUAACAUUUUGCUUGAUGCAUUUGCUAUUUCUGGAAUGGUGGAGCAAGCAAAGACUGUUUUUAAAAGCAUGCGACGGGACAGAUUUUAUCCGGAUCUCUGCUCUUACACAACUAUGUUAUCAGCAUAUGUAAACGCUUCAGACAUGGAGGGUGCUGAGAAAUUCUUCAAGAGGAUAAAAGUAGAUGGUUUUGAACCAAACAUAGUCACCUAUGGGACAAUGAUAAAAGGUUAUGCAAAAGCAAACGAUCUUGAUAAAGUUAUGGAGGUCUACGAGAAAAUGAGGUUAAGUGGCAUCAAAGCGAAUCAAACCAUCUUAACAACUAUCAUGGAUGCGUCUGGGAGGUGUAAGGAUUUCGGGAGCGCUCUUAGUUGGUACAAGGAGAUGGAGAGUUGUGGAGUACCACCUGAUCAGAAAGCUAAGAAUGUGCUUUUAUCAUUGGCUUCAAGUCAAGAUGAGCUGGAGGAAGCUAAGGAAGUUACUGGUCUUCUAGAUGAGAAGACAACGAGCCGUGCUGGUGUCUAUGGAACUAAAGAUGAUGAUGAUGAAGACAAUUAUAUCACUAGUAGUGAUGAGGAUGAAGAUGAUGAUGAUGAUGAAUAUGAAGAAGAUGAUGAUGAUGUUGAUGGUGCAAGAGAAGCUGUGUUGUGUGAUGAAGCACAAGAAGGGUCUUUGGCUUAUGUUGGCUCACAGACAGAAGAACUUGUGGAGUUGUGAAAACUACUAUAUGUUUUGUAAUAUCAUCAAAUGCGAUUUUGCAGAAGAGGACUUAGUAGGUUAUCCAUUACUUAUGUCUGUAGUUUACGAAAUGAAAUAUGUUACUCAAUCCUAAGAAACACAAAGGUUAUCUUAGACUCUUUUGGUAGAGAUACCUCUUGACUCUUAUUUGCAUAAGUUUUUUUAACCUAUGAGCUGCAAUGAA